GCGGGUGUGCGGAUGGCGUCCGGGCCCCAGAGCGAGCGGAGCCGGGAGCAGCGGGAGCGGGAGGCGCUGCUGGCGCAGGCCAAAAUUAGUUCUGAAAAGAAGGAGAGUUGCAAGCUGCUAAAGGAUCUGUGUGGUAAAGAUACACGGAUGCCUGGUGAUUUGAAUGAACGUGUGGAACCACUGGAAAAGGAAUAUUCUGUGCAGAAAAAAAAGAAAAAGGAUAAACAUUCCAAAAAGGCUAAGAAAGAAAAGAAGAAAAGUAAGAAACAUAAAUCUGAAAAGAAGGAUGACUUAUCUGAUAGUUCUUCGGAUUCUUCAGUUGAAUGGGUUGAGUCAAAUGUAUCACAGUCAGAUGACACAGGAGAGGCUUGGAAAGUCAACAAGGAAGCAGAUGCUGCAGAAGAACCUUCCCUGCAGAGAGAAGAAUGGAUGAAUUUAAACUUCAUGUCAUUGAAAACAACGUCAGUAGCAGCUGUCAAAGGUGAAAGACACAAAGAAAAAGUGUUGGAACGACAGAAAGCUCAAGAACUUGAGCAGGCCGUACUGUCUGAGAGAGAACUUAAUCCCUAUUGGAAAGAUGGUGGUACAGGUUUGCCACCAGAGAAGGAUGAAGAAGCUUCAGUUAAGAAAGUUACAGUGGUAGAAGAUGCUGGAUUAAGUUGGCUGCGAAAAUCAUACCAAAGGAUGAAGGAGCAAGCUGAGAGAGAGAAGCGAAAUUUUGAGGAAAUUGUAGCUGAGAGAUAUGGGUCAGUGGAGAUAUUUCAGUCACGAUUAGAAGAAGCUGAAAAAGCUGCAUCCAAAAAGGAAAAUUAUCAUAGAAGUGGAAGAUGGAAGAAGACUGACUAUUCAGAAAGUGAAAAAGAGAAGAAAGACAUGAAAGAACAACAUAUUGAAAAGGUGACACGAGAUGAAGAUGGUAGAAGCAGACACACAUUUGGGGGCUAUUCCAGAGAAAAGUAUGGCAAGGGGUGGGCGCAGGAAGACAAGGGCUGCAAGAGAGAUGUGUCAAGAGCAGACCAGGAAUGUGCACGCGGUAGCAUGGACUCAGUAUUAAGGGGCUACAGCUCCAACACAGAAAAAUACUCCAGUGAAAAACGAAUUCAGGAGAAGAGUUCAUCUCUAAGCAACUUGAAACACAAAUUUUUGAAACCCUCUGAAGAUGAUUUACCGUCUUACAGUGCACCUAGAGACUCCAAGUUAAAGCAGUCCUCUUCCAAGGAGGACUCAGCUCACAGCUCUUUGAGCAGCCGUUUCCAGAAACCCAGUGAGGAUACUGCACUGUGGACCAAAACACACAAUGAGAAAUUAAAAUCUGAUCAAAAAUCAUCAGGUACUAGGGAACAAAUUGAUGGCAAAAGUUGGAAAAGAACUCCAAGUGAUGAAAAUGAGAAGUCGCGACAGGAACACACAAGUGAUACCCCUGAGAAGAAACAGAUUUUAUCUGACAGUAAAGCAUCAUUUUCUAGAUCAUCAAAGGAUGAGCCACCUCGGGUCCUUAGUGAAGAGGAGAUGAACAGACUGGGAGCGAGGAUUGUGAAAGCAGAACUCAUGGGAGACACGGAUUUAGCUUCAGAACUUCAAGCAGAACUUGACAAUGCUCGCAAGCUGAGACAGACUCAAGGGCAGAUUCCAGCAAAGGCUGGCAGAGAGGCUUCAAGCCUUCAAGAAGAUGAGCAAGUGGUCCUUGUCAGAACAGAUGGAAGUGGAAGGGCAUGGCCUGUGAUGGGACCAACGGAGCCACUGGAGCCAAAAGGAGGACGAAGAAAGCAGCAGAUGAUGCCUACUCAUGUAGAUAAAGAGAGAGUAAGGUAUUUUCAGGAUGAUGAUAGUAUGAACCUGAAGGAUUUGGUCAAAAAUGAGAAGAUGAGAACAGCAGAGGAUCAAAACUCACUGUUCAUGCGUAUGGCAUCAAAGCUCAUGGAAAAAACUGACAGAGAUUACUACACUCUGGAUGACAUGUUUGUUUCCAAAGCAGCCAAGAGAGCGCGCAGUGGGGAAGAAGAGGAAGUACAAAGAAGAAAAGCAAUCCGUGAGCACCAGCAACUCGCUGCAUGCAUGGAAAAGUGCCCCUACUGCUUUGAUAGCAGUGAACUUUCUAAACAUCUUGUUAUUGCAAUUGGCACCAAGGUGUACUUAUCUCUGCCAAGCAACCAGUCCCUUACUGAAGGUCACUGUCUGAUAGCCCCUCUACAGCACCAUACUGCAGCCACUCUUUUGGAUGAAGACAUCUGGGAAGAAAUCCAGAUGUUCCGAAAUGCGUUGGUGAAAAUGUUUGAAGCUAAAGACUUGGACUGUGUGUUCCUAGAAACAAACAUGAGUAUGAAGAAGCGAUAUCAUAUGGUAUAUGAAUGCAUUCCUCUUCCAAAAGAAGUAGGGGAUAUGGCUCCAAUCUACUUUAAGAAAGCUAUAAUGGAGUCUGAUGAAGAGUGGUCCAUGAACAAGAAGUUAAUUGAUCUUUCUUCAAAAGAUAUUCGUAAAUCUGUUCCUAAAGGAUUGCCAUACUUUUCUGUGGACUUUGGCCUUCAGGGAGGAUUUGCUCAUGUGAUUGAAGAUCAACACAAUUUUCCUCAUUACUUUGGAAAGGAAAUUAUUGGUGGCAUGCUGGACUUGGAACCGCGGCUCUGGAGAAAAGGAAUCAGACAGAACUUUGAGGAGCAGCGGAAAAAGGUGUUGCAGUUUGCACAGUGGUGGAAACCAUAUGAUUUCACCAAAAAGAAAGAAUGAGAACAACCUGGAGUCAAGGACUAUAUAAGCCAUGAAAGGAUACUUUAGAUAAGAACAACACCAAUGUAUUAUGUGUUGCUAAUGUAUUUGAAAAUUCUGGAUAUCGUUUAAUUGCUGACGAUCUGUUUUUGUUUGGGACACUGGAUCGCAUGUACCUGCAAGCCUGAAAACCAGAUUUGUACAGUGAAUUUAGUUUUUCCUUUUUCAGCUAAGCCAAAAGGAUAAUAUCCAUGUGGCCACUUGAGUUCUUAAAAAUGAAACUUUUGCUUUUGGAGUUUUUAUAAUCUUUGAGACAACUGAUAUUUUUUUAUAUUGUAUUAAACCGGUGCUUAAUUAUGAUGGUGAACUUUUGUUGAAAAUGGUGUACAUUUUAAGAACGUUUUGAUUAAUACAAAUACAUUGCUGCAGAAGGAAA